CGCUUCUUCACUUUUCGUGGGAGAAAGAAGGGGAGAGAGAAAGAGAGAGAACGAGAGAGAGUGUCAUUUUAAGUCUCUCUCUGCUCUCUCCGCUUUCGGUACUCAUAUCCACUUUUCUGAUUCAAUGGGACUUUAGCGUUAGGCGUUCAAUAUUAAAUAAAAUAUUUAUUUCCCAUGCAAUUAUUUUUAAUUAAUUAUUGUAAAUAUUAAGCAAGUGUGAGCUAUUUCAAGGUGGUAGUUUUUAUUUUUUCACCUCACAGGAAGUUCAGUCGAAAGUAUAUCGACUGACUUUCUGUGAGACGGGGACACUUAAUUUAAAAUAUCAAAACUUGACAGCCACAGUUAGACGCCAAACAGUCUUCAGACAGUAUGGAUAUUCAAGAAUGCUUAUUUCGGAAAAAGCGAAGACCCUGGCUCGUGGACCUUUCCUCUGUCACCUUGGUAACUGUGGCGCUGGUACUGUGUCACGCGACUGUGACCCAUGCAGACCCAGUGGAUGUACUGCGAGUGCUGCAGUUUCCCUCCCUGCCUGAGGGGGUGCGCAAAGUGCCAGGAUUCUGUACCUCACGUCGGUCCAGCUCCCCCGACCAGGCCUUCCGUGUCACCAAAAAGGCACAGAUUUCUGCCCCCACAAAGCAGCUCUUCUCAGGCCACUUCCCAGAGAACUUCUCCAUCAUGGCACUGGUGAAGGCCCAGUCAGGUCUCCAGGCUUUCCUGCUGUCAAUCUACAGCGAGCAAGGUGUGCAGCAGCUGGGCGUGGAGCUGGGCCGCUCCCCCAUCUUCCUAUACGAGGACCAGUUACGGAAGCCUGCCCCGGAGGACUACCCGCUCUUCAAGGGCAUCAACCUGGCUGACGGCAAGUGGCACCGCAUAGCUAUUUCUGUGCAGAAGAAGAAUGUGACAUUGAUCCUCGACUGCAAGAAGCGCAUGACCAAGCCCCUGCUACGCAGUGAUAAGCCUGUACUGGAUGUCAAAGGCAUCACUGUAUUUGGGGCCCGCCUGCACGACGAGGGGGUUUUCCAGGGAGACAUCCAGCAGCUGCUGAUUGCGUCCAACCCUCAGGCUGCUUAUGACUUCUGUGAGCACUACAGCCCUGACUGCGACUCACCACUGCCCAAGACUCAGUCGCAGGACCCCAACGCACACGAUGACUAUGAAUACCCUUAUUACGAAGAUUCCACCGGCAAACCCUUCUCUCCGUCAUCCUCGCCACCCUCGCUCGAGAAGGUCCCCUCUGAGCAGAAGAGCAAGGCUGUCAAUGGCAACUCCAACAAGCCUAAGUCCGCACUGGCCAAACCCAAAGCACCCGUGGGCAAGCCAGACUUAGUCAAGCCCAAACCAAAACCCACUUCCAAACCAAAGUCCCCGCCAGUCAACAAAAAUGACAACAGUAAAAAUGGAAAUGGGAAAAAUGUCAACAGCCAGAACAGCAAAAACGGCAAUGGCAAAAACAGCAAUGGUGUGACCAACGGCAACAAAGUCCAGGCAGUAAAGAGCUCCCAUGCCCAAAAGACAUCCCCUGUCAAACCUACUCCAAAGAAAGUGACUACAGCUCCCAAAAUUCCUGCUUCUGCCAAGCCCAAAAUGAUUCCUCCCUUUGGGAAGGCUGCUGGCAGCUCCACCGUCUCCUCGAUGCCGGCUAAGCCCAGGACGACAACUGGCAACGGUUAUCUACAGGAUAUAGAUCCUUCCCAAACAGAGGCUGACCACACCCCCACAGAGACGGAUUAUUAUUACACCUUAGAGGAGGAGGAGACAGCCCCAGACAGUGAGGUGACUGGACAGAAAAUCCCCAUGUCAAAGGUGGACGAGACAGUGGUGGCACAAGAUGUAGAUUUGGCCAAGUCAGGUGUGUCUCAGUCACCGGAUGAGGUCUUCACCGAAGAGUAUGUGACCGGAGACGGGGGCAUGAAGGAAUACGACUAUUCCUACAAGGACUUCAUCGACCCCGUCCCUGAUGGCAACGGAGGCACCCCUGAUGGCGACAUUGGCCCUGCACUGUCCGCUGUGACAGACGAGGGAGGCGCCUCAGUACGAGCCCAGAAAGGAGAAAAAGGAGAACCUGCAGUUCUGGAACCCGGUAUGCUAAUCGAAGGACCCCCCGGACCAGAGGGACCAGCAGGUCUUCCCGGCCCCCCCGGCUCCCCUGGCCAUCAGGGUUCCAUUGGCGAUCCCGGAGAAAGGGGGCCCCCUGGACGGCCCGGUCUGUCCGGAGCUGACGGAGUCCCUGGCCCCCCCGGAACGUCUCUCAUGUUACCCUUCCGAUUUGGCAGUGGUGGAGGUGACAAGGGACCCGUCGUCUCUGCACAGGAGGCACAAGUCCAAGCCAUUCUGUCACAGGCCAGGCUCGCUCUAAAAGGUCCUCCUGGACCCAUGGGAUACACUGGCCGCCCAGGACCCCUGGGAACCCCUGGAAGUUCUGGCUUCAAAGGUGAAUCUGGAGAUCCAGGCCCUCAGGGUCCCAGAGGACCACCGGGCUUAUCCGGACCCCUGGGCAAAUCUGGACGAAGGGGUCGUGCUGGAGCUGAUGGUGCCAGAGGAAUGCCAGGUGAAUCUGGACCUAAGGGUGAUCGAGGUUUUGACGGGCUUCCCGGGUUGCCUGGAGACAAAGGGCACAGGGGAGAUACUGGAGGAAUGGGCCCCCCAGGUCCAUCUGGAGAGGAUGGAGAGAGGGGUGAUGAUGGAGAGGUUGGACCCAGGGGGCUUCCAGGUGAACCAGGACCUCGUGGUUUACUGGGACCUAAAGGUCCUUCUGGACUUCCUGGACCUCCUGGUGUUAGAGGCAAUGACGGCCCCCACGGUCCAAAAGGAAAUCUGGGUCCCCAAGGAGAGCCAGGCCCUCCAGGGCAGCAGGGAGGCCCAGGAACGCAGGGAAUGGCAGGGCCCCAAGGAGCCAUCGGACCCCCAGGGGAGAAGGGUCCCACGGGAAAGCCAGGUCUGCCUGGAAUGCCUGGAGCUGAUGGGCCUCCCGGUCACCCAGGAAAGGAGGGUCCAUCUGGCACUAAAGGAAACAUGGGUCCUAUUGGCCCACAGGGUUCUAUCGGCUAUCCUGGUCCCCGUGGUGUCAAGGGUGGCCAAGGUAUCCGUGGGCUGAAGGGACAUAAGGGAGAGAAGGGUGAAGAUGGAUUUCCUGGAAUCAAGGGGGAUUUUGGUGUGAAAGGAGACAGAGGAGAGAUUGGUGUGUCUGGCCCCCGAGGAGAGGAUGGUCCUGAGGGGCCCAAAGGUCGUGUUGGGCCACCUGGUGAGCUUGGGCCCAUUGGACUUGUUGGAGAGAAGGGUAAACUUGGUGUUCCUGGGCUGCCCGGAUACCCUGGAAGGCAAGGAGCCAAGGGGUCCCUCGGUUUCCCAGGAUUCCCUGGGGCAAAUGGCGAGAAGGGCACAAGGGGCUUGUUUGGGAAGGCUGGGCCAAGAGGCCAAAGAGGACCAACGGGGCCAAGAGGUCAACGGGGGCCACGUGGGUCAACAGGAAAAGCAGGACCAAAGGGUACUUCAGGAAGUGAUGGCCCUCCUGGUCCUCCCGGGGAGAGGGGACUACCUGGACCUCAAGGAGUGAAUGGGUUCCCUGGACCAAAGGGGCCUCCUGGACCAGCAGGAAAAGAUGGACUGCCUGGACACCCUGGACAGAGAGGAGAAGUCGGUUUCCAAGGAAAGACUGGCCCCCCCGGACCUCCUGGGGUUGUUGGCCCUCAGGGACCCUCUGGAGAGACUGGCCAAAUGGGCGAGCGCGGCCACCCCGGCCCUCCAGGGCCUCCAGGCGAACAGGGCCUUCCUGGGCCUUCAGGGAAGGAGGGAACCAAGGGUGACCCUGGUCCCCCUGGGCCUUCAGGCAAGGAUGGCCCCUCUGGACUAAGAGGUUUCCCAGGAGAAAGGGGACUUCCUGGCACACCGGGAGGUGGAGGGCUCAAAGGAGGUGAAGGUCCAGCCGGACCACCUGGACCAGCUGGUUCACCAGGUGAGAGAGGCCCUGCUGGCACUGGGGGUCCCAUUGGGCCCCCAGGAAGGCCUGGCCCCCAGGGUCCUCCUGGCCCUGCAGGGGAGAAAGGAGUUCCUGGUGAAAAAGGUCCGAUUGGUCCUGCUGGUCGUGAUGGUAUUCAAGGCCCAGUGGGACUUCCGGGUCCUGCUGGUCCAUCUGGAGUACCUGGAGAAGAUGGAGACAAGGGUGAGGUUGGAGAGCAUGGCCAAAAGGGUGCCAAAGGUGACAAGGGAGAACACGGUCCUCCUGGUCCAGUAGGGCCUAUGGGUUCAGUUGGUCAGCCAGGAGCUGCUGGUGCUGAUGGAGAGACAGGAGCCCGGGGCCAGCAAGGGCCCUUCGGAGCCAAGGGAGACGAGGGGACAAGAGGAUUCCCGGGGCCCCCGGGACCUAUAGGCCUGCAGGGAUUGCCAGGGCCUUCAGGAGAGAAAGGAGAGACAGGAGACGGGGGAUCAAUGGGACCUCCAGGGCCGCCUGGCCCCCGUGGUCCUGCGGGCCCCAGUGGAGCAGAUGGUCCUCAAGGCCCUCCGGGUGGAUUGGGUAACCCUGGCAACGUGGGCGAGAAAGGAGAACCUGGGGAAUCUGGACCACCAGGAGUACCAGGGGAGGCAGGAAAGAAAGGUCCUCGUGGAGAGCGUGGCGAGAAGGGAGAGGCUGGACAGCCAGGAACCCCUGGUCCUGCAGGUGGAAGAGGCCCGACUGGAGAUGACGGUCCGAAAGGAAACCCAGGCCCUGUUGGUUUCCCUGGUGAUCCUGGCCCUACUGGUGAAGUCGGACCAAGAGGUCAAGAUGGAGCAAAGGGGGAGAGAGGGGAGGAUGGUGAACAAGGAGAGCCGGGCUCUCCUGGGCCCACUGGUGAAAACGGACUUCCUGGUCCCCCUGGGAAGAGGGGUCCCCCGGGAACAAGAGGCCCUGAGGGACGUCAUGGCGAGAAGGGCAGCAAGGGAGACUCCGGUGCCAUUGGUGCCCCUGGAAAGACAGGCCCCGUGGGGCCACAAGGCCCCUCAGGAAAACCAGGGCCAGAGGGUCUGAGGGGACUCCCAGGAGCUGUGGGCGAACAAGGUGCUCCAGGACCAUCAGGACAAACAGGCCCCCCAGGACCCAUGGGACCCCCAGGGUUGCUUGGUCUGCGUGGUGACCCAGGGGCGAAGGGUGAGAAGGGCCACACCGGUCUGAUUGGUCUCAUCGGGCCCACAGGGGAGCAAGGGGAGAAGGGUGAUAGGGGUCUUCCAGGGCCCCAAGGGACAAUUGGACCAAAGGGAGAAACUGGAAUCCCUGGAGGCACUGGUCCGUUGGGUCCCGCCGGACCGCCUGGUCUUCCUGGUCCUCAAGGUCUGAAAGGUGCUAAGGGUGCAACAGGAGGAGCUGGACCCAAAGGCGAGAAAGGUGUGCAGGGCCCCCCUGGACCCCCAGGGCCCCCUGGGGAAGUCAUCCAGCCCCUGCCCAUCCAGAUCCCCAAGAAGUCCAAGCGCUCCAUCGACGCCAGCCAGAUCCCCGCCGACUCGCCUGGCGAGGACUUCCUGACAGGAAGCGAGGGCAUGGAGGAGAUCUUCGGCUCGCUGAACUCCUUGCGGCAGGAGAUCGAGACGAUGCGCUUCCCGUUGGGCACUCAGGACAGCCCCGCUCGCACCUGUCAGGACCUCAAGCUGAGCCAGCCGGACUACAAAGAUGGCGAAUACUGGAUUGAUCCGAACCAGGGCUGCUCUCGUGACUCCUUCAAGGUGUUCUGCAAUUUCACCGCUGGCGGCGAGACCUGCCUCUACCCCAGCAAGAGCAGCGACUCGGUAAAGAUGGACAUUUGGUCUAAGGAGACUCCUGGCUCUUGGUACAGUCAGUUUGCAACAGGCAGCAAAUUUUCCUACAUAGAUUCCAAUGGGGAGCCUGUGGGUGUGGUGCAGCUGGGUUUCAUCCGUCUCCUGAGCGUCCAGGCCCGACAGAACCUCACCUACCACUGCCAUCGCUCUGUGGCCUGGGCUGACCGCACUGCCAAAGAUGGCCAUAAGAGGGCUCUGCAAUUCCUGGGGGCUGACGAAAAGGAAUUGGGCUAUGAGACGAGCCCUUACAUCAAGGCCCUCAUUGAUGGCUGCUCUUAUCGCAAGGGUUUUGACAGGACGGUGUUGGAGGUUAACACACCCCAGGUGGAACAGCUCCCCCUGUUGGACAUCAAGAUCUCAGACUUUGGGGAGAAAAACCAACAAUUUGGCUUUGAAGUUGGACCUGUCUGUUUCCUGGGUUAAAACACACAUAUUUACACAGUCAUACAUUCAUUUACACUGAUGCACACGAGAACACCAAGGUAGGCAAACACAUGCACUACAAUCAGAUACAGACACCCAUUGAGAUCCUACUAGCAUUAAAGGUAAAGGACGCAUUAACACUCAGUCAUGUGCUCACUCAGAAGUCAACAACCAGGAAAAUCUUCUAACACCAGAUGGACAACAGAAGAAGAGAAACGUAGAACAAAAGUACACUCUCGUGCUGCGGAGAAUAAAGAUCUACCUUGAGGAAGGGAAAUAGCAUUCCAACCAAAACAGAAUAAAACAGUGUUUUAAUUGAGCAGCUGACCCCAAAGCUUUAACUACGAUAUAGCCCUGAUAUUGGCUAUACUUCUCACUACUCCCUUUGUUUUGCCGUUUCUCUCUCAAAUUGCCACCCUAACCCCUUUCCCCACGUCUCUCAAUCUCUCACUUAAAGUCUUCCUUUACCUCACUUCCUGUCUUGCCUGACAGAAAGGUAUACUGAGAAAAGCUUGGGAGUUAACUGAGUUACGCUGUUUCAAACGUAGAGACCGAAAGAACAGAGUCAACCCAAAAAUAUGAAGAGGAACCACACAGUCUGAUGGAACAGAAGCUCACGCGCUGGAAUUCCUUCACACUCCCACGUCUUCCAUCUGUGAAUAUUAUUUUCAUUGAUGUCUGGCUACAGCUGGCUUUACUCAGUAUUAUAUAGCUUCACCACAUAUUACUAAAGCCAUUCAGUCAGCCAUAUUGCUAAAAAUGACAGUUCAUACUACAGGGAACAAGAAGACAGGAGAGAAAACUGUGAGGACUUACUCAGCUUGCUUAAACUUGAGGUGCGACACCAAACGGCUAUCAGCCUCAGUGGGCUGUUUUAAAGAAUAGAAUCUUUAACAGAAAUAUCUUAGGGACAAUAUGGCCGCCUCUCGUGUCAAUAUUGCAUGCUUGGUUGCUGUACAUGCAUUCGCAGUAAGAGAUGGUAACACAGCUUUGUGUAAAUGCUGCAGAACCAAAGCUAUUAAGCCUUGCAAAUUGUACCAGAUACAAAUGUUUUGUACAUGUGUUACAAAGAAUUAAAACCAUCACUGUCAAGAACCGGUCACUAUUUUAACAAGCUAACUUUUCGUGUGCUAAAACAAUUUUGGCUUAUGAAAUGAUACAGUCAGGACUGUUUUAGUUCAGAUUACAUAUUUGUAACAUGCUUGUUGACAUAGUGCCUCGUUUUAGGAUCAAAACAUAUCAGAAUUAAUGUGGGUAUGGGCUCCAUAUGGGGUGUUAGUUGUCAUAAGCGAUAAUUACAUUCAUGUGAUCAAAUACUGUAACGUUUGGAGAUUCACAGAUCUAAGUGUAAAACUUGCAAUGAUCAGUUUUCUGACUGGAGUUGUGCAUUACAAACAUAUGUACAGAAAUACUAUUUUAUUUAUUUAAAAAUACAGGGUGCUUAAAACUCCAACUAAAUAUGGCAGUAAAUGUGGUAUUUCCUCUUUAUUUAUUUCAUUCAAUUUUCUCUCGCCAAACAAAGACAGAUCAAACACGUAUAUUAAACAUGAGGCCGCAGUGAACUAUGCAUGGCGACCGCUGUUUUAAGUUCGAAUGUGUACACUGCAGUAAGCCGCUGUACUAUUUCGUUUGUCGUUAUUGUGACGAUUAAACGAUGCCGCUCUACUCCUGUCAUUUCUCAUUGUUAAUCCAGUGCUUGGGCUGUGGUCUGGCCGAGCAGCUUAGUGGGAGGGAUGUGGAGAGAUCAGGUGGGAGGGGGCAGGCCGCUUCUUUAAAACUCCUGGGAAGAGCAGGGAACAGCAUGUGAGAGAAAAAUAAAUGAAAGGGAGCUUAUGUGGGAUCAGUCUGGGAGGGGGGGCUGUGUAUGGGCAAAUAAAUGAGGGAGGGACAAUAUUGAAAACCUUGGUGCUCAAAAACUGUCUGUGAUUCUCAAAGGUACAUCACCAUUAAGAUCUGUUUGUGUUUUGUAAGACCAACGGCUACGUUUAGACAAAAUAUGGUGCUGAAAAGGGAAAAGAAGUAUUUUAUAAUGUGUGUAAUUAUUUGGAAAAAUGUUUCUGUAAUAUAUAAUCUUUUUAAAGAGUUGCUCGACUCCCUUGUUUUUUUUGUGCCCCUUUCCUGCUUUCCUGUUAAUGCAUGAAGCAUGUUUUCCGUUCUCUCUCUCCUCCAGAUAGCAGCUCUACAGCCACAGUAAACUGAAACCUCAUUCUUCACAUACACUUUCGUUUUGACUCCUCUAACCCAAGCUGCACUCCCAAGCUGACUGACUCUGUAUUUAUCCAAAACACUGUCACAGACCAGGCCCCCGCUUCUGGACCCACCUUCCGACUCACCUGGUCACCCAGCCAUACAUCUAUCCUCAGCCUCCUAGCAACCCUUCCAGCUGGACAUUCCUCACUUUUAACAGCAAUGCCUUACUUGUUUGGGUUUGUUUUGGUCUGGGUCUUUUAUCUGGCCUUUGGUUUGACUGUCUUGGUCCAUUCCUGGCCUAUUGUUGUCCCUCCCCCAAAGUCUUUCAUUAAACCACAUGCCAACGC